AUGCGCCACCUAGACUUGCUUUUCGACUAUCCGAAAAUAGUUAAGGAGACACCCGAAGCCAUAGAUGACUUCCUCGAGACGGUCAAAAUAAAUCUCCAAGCGUUAAAGAACCUCGGUGACCCUAUCAUAUCAAACACCGUUCUGAUCAAAUUACUUACAUGGAAGCUACCCCCAGCCAUCAUUCGCAAAUGGCAAUGCACCUUACCAGACAAGAAAUUACCGUCAUACAAGCACUUGAUAGACUUCUUGCAAACACGGACGAACGGCGAUAGAACAAGUUCAGCAUUUACCGCUACGAAAAGGGCCUCCGAACCACCCAACCGUCAGCGACCGAGCGCGUCGCGAAGUCAUGCAUUCACCGCGACGCUCAAGACGCCGGUAUGUCCGGACUGUCGAGGACAACACGAACUACGGUAUUGUGACGUCUUCAAGGCGAAAUCGCCCAGGGAGCGUCUCGACACAGCCAAACGGGCGUCGCUCUGGACCGAACCACCGAAAACCGACUCAUUGACCUCGCCCCCGUCCGGCCCACUCCACCGCGAUUUGUUAGUCACCGCACAGGUCAACAUACUGGACAAUAGAACUCAACCGUUCCGCUGUAGAGCUCUGCUAGACACCGGCGCGAGCAUGAACUUCAUCACCGAGAGACUCGCCAAUUCGUUGAGACUCAACCAACGGAAAUGUUCGGUCCCGAUCGGAACACUUAACACGUUGUCAACGACCUCGAAACGCUACAUCACGGCCACGAUCACCUCCGUUGACGGCACAUACGAACGCACCUGGACUUUUCUAAUCAUACCGACCAUAUCGACUUCGAUCCCAGAUCAACCCGUAGAUCGGUCAACGAUACAGAUACCCAGAAAUCUACGACUAGCCGAUCCAAGAUUCCACAGACCUGCUCCGAUCGACGUGCUAUUGAGCGCCGGGCCAACACUAGCGUCACUGUGUGUCGGCCAACUUGAUAUCAGUCAAGCAAACGGGACCGACUUGCGUCUGCAAAAAACGCGGUUCGGAUGGGUCAUCGGGGGGAGCCCAGCCUCGCAACCACCCGCACACGCAUUUCACGCGUCCACGACGGCCUUGCAGGCGGAUCUCGCCCGUUUUUGGGAAAUCGACGAGGGACCGCCCACCGCGCACAUUUCGGAAGCGGAGCGACAGUGCGAGGAACAUUUCCGGAAUCACGUUCAACGCACCCACGAAGGGCGAUACAUGGUCGCUCUCUCCUUCAACGAGACAACUCCCUCGCUUGGAUCCUCCAGAGCCAUGGCGAUGAAGCGACUAAUAUCUCUCUGCCGUCGGUUCCAACGAGAUAAGCGUUUCGAAGCCGACUAUCACGCCGUAAUACAGGAAUACUUGGCAUUAGGGCACAUGACGAAAGUUACCACGGACCACUGCACUGACGACGGAUAUUUUUUACCACAUCAUGGCGUGAUCAAGGAGUCCAGCCAAACUACGAAACUCCGAGUCGUGUUUGACGGAUCGGCCCCAACCACCACCGGAGUUUCAUUAAACGACGUACUUCAUACGGGACCGAAACUACAAGAUGAUUUAUACUUCAUCCUUUUAAGAUUUCGAGCUCAUCAAUACGUCAUUACAGGCGAUGUCGAAAAAAUGUAUCGCCAAUUUCUUGUGCGCCCGGAGGAUCGGAAAUUUCAACAAAUUUUGUGGCGCAAUGCUGAUGGAGAAGUCGACACUUAUCAACUCAACACAGUGACAUUCGGGCUCUCAGCGGCCCCUUAUCUGGCCAUCCGCUGCCUCAAGCAACUGGCGGACGACGAGGGGCAUCGAUAUCCACGAGCGGCGACAGUCUUACAGCGAGACUUCUAUGUCGACGAUGUUCUCACAGGAGUCGAUACAAGGGUCGAGGCACAAUCAUUGAGAACGGAGCUCACAGAACUGCUCAAGCUAGCCGGCUUAAACAUCCGGAAAUGGGCGUCGAACGACCGGGAACUGCUACGAGGACUUCCCGAGACGGACAUAAACGAUAAGCUGCUACUAGGCGAAUCGCAAACCUUCAAGACAUUGGGUGUUGUUUGGAAUUCCUUCGACGAUUCGAUCCUAUACUCCGUCAAAACCAAUGAUGCCGACUCUCGAAUUACGAAGAGAACCAUCAGCUCCGAAAUCGCCAAGAUCUACGACCCGCUCGGAUUGCUGGCACCAGUAAUUGUUCGAGCUAAGAUGUUGCUCCAGCGACUCUGGACACUAAAAAUUAAUUGGGACGAAUCCUUACCGGCUGACGUGCACACGGAAUGGAGCAAAUAUUACGCACAGCUGCCAUUAUUGAAUAACGUGGAGUUUCCACGUAAAACGAUAAUCAACCCCGCAGCGGAAAUUCAGUUACACGGGUUCUGUGACGCCAGCGAAAGGGCAUAUGGAGCAUGCGUUUACCUUCGCACCAUCACCCUGGAUGGUCAGGUCUGUACACGUCUCCUCACUGCGAAGUCGAAGGUAGCUCCGCUCAAAUCACUAACCAUUCCAAGGCUGGAACUGAGUGGAGCACUCCUUCUCGCGUCACUAGCCACCACGGUCCUCCAAGCCUUGCCAAGCAACAUUGCUCGGACCGUUUACUGGACUGACUCCACAAUCGUUCUACAUUGGAUCAACACAUCACCCCACACGCUGAAAACCUUCGUCGCUAACCGUGUGACAGAAAUUCAACGGAAGACUCACGCCUCAGAUUGGCGUCACAUCCCCACUACCGAUAACCCGGCAGAUCUCAUAUCUCGAGGCCAACUACCCGAAGACUUCCUGAAAACAACCAUUUGGCAACAUGGACCAGAAUGGCUUCAACAACCGGAAGAAUACUGGCCAACGUGGAACCCAGUACCGUUAAACGAAACACCGGAGCAGAAAAGGGCAACCUGUCUGUCCGCGACGCCGGCGGACCACAGCAUACUGGGGAGAUUCUCCUCUUGGCCCAAGCUUAUAAGAAUUGCCGCUCGGUGCCUUCGAUGGAGACAAACCCGGGAUCGAGGCAAACCUCUGACCAUGCACGAGUUGACCAAUGCACACAACAGAUUAAUCAAACUAUUGCAAGCCUGUUAUUUUUCAGACGAAAUCCGUGCUCUCCGGUCAGAUAGAAAUUCGGCAAUGAAGGGGAAGCUCCAAAGACUCAAUCCAUUUCUGGACAAGGACGGGAUGCUGCGCGUCGGAGGCCGACUCAGUCAUUCACCAAUGCCUUUCAACCAGAAGCAUCCAAUAAUUCUACCCAAAUCCUCAGUUACCGCGCUCAUAAUCGAGCAUGAACACCUCCUAAAUCUCCACACCGGAACUCAAGCUACCUUGUACGCCCUAAGGAGAUCCUAUUGGCCUAUCGACGGCCGCAGUCAAGUUUGGAGCACGCUGAAGAAGUGCGUCCGUUGCUGCCGAGCCAAUCCCCCUCCAGUGGAUUAUAUAAUGGGCGACCUUCCAGCUGCCCGGAUAACAGAGUCUCGGCCAUUUACCAACGUCGGAAUCGACUACUGCGGACCGUUUUACAUCAAGGAACGAAAGGAUCGCAACCGACUCAAAAUCAAGGUAUACGUAGCGAUCUUUGUGUGUCUUGCAGUUAAAGCAGUCCACAUCGAGUUGGUCAGCGAUCUCACUAGCGAGGCCUUCAUUGCUGCUCUGCGGAGAUUCAUCGCUCGCCGCGGAUUCUGUGGGACAAUCUACUCCGACAACGGUACCAACUUCGUUGGUGCCAACAACGAAUUACGAGAGCUCCGAAAUCUCCUGCAAUCCGACGAUCACAAGGCACAGGUCCAGUCCUUUUUAGCCGACCGACGGAUCGAAUGGCACUUCAUCCCUCCCAACUUACCUCACUUCGGCGGGUUGUGGGAGGCUGCAGUGAAGUCUUUCAAACGACAUCUCAGACGGGUCGCCGGUAACGAGCUCUUGACCUUCGAAAACCUUAACACCCUCAUCAUUGAGAUCGAGUCCAUCCUCAACUCCCGCCCGCUGACGCCGAUAUCUUCAGACCCAAACGAUCUCCUAGUUCUUACUCCCGGUCAUUUCCUCAUCGGAGAUUCACUAACCAGUUUCCGAGAACGAGAUUUCAGGGACACGCCAUCCAAUCGUCUCUCCUGCUGGCAGCAUAUUCAGAAACUCAAACAACACUUCUGGCGCCGGUGGCAUCGAGAGUAUCUCAACGAGCUACAUAUCCGGAACAAAUGGAACAAGGGCAGUCACGACAUACGAGAAGGCACCAUCGUCCUUCUCAGAGAAGACAAUGUUCCCCCGAUGCAAUGGCCAUUGGGCAGAAUCAUCAAGGCCCAACCCGGCGCAGACGGCAUCAUACGCACGGCUAUCGUUCGAACAGCGACGAGUACCCUCGAACGGAGCAUCAAGCGGAUGGUACCACUACCGAGCAGAACGACUCCAGACGACUCCGAACCAAUCAACAGUCCGAAGUCUGAUAAGAGGUCCACCUGA